GACAUAAAGCACGAUGUUGUUUGCGGAAGCUAUGGCGGAAGCUGACAAAUUCAAGUCAUGUGACGAAGUGGGCGACUAAACUGUUUGAAAUGGACGCGUUAGCGAACACCCGCAACCAAACGAUGGAAGAAAUCAAAGAUUCUCCAGACUAUAACUGGUUUAGAAGCACAGUUCCCCUGAAAAGAAUUAUUGUUGAUGAUGAUGACAGCAAAGUGUGGUCCUUGUAUGAUGCCGGCCCGAAGAGCGUCAGGUGCCCCAUCAUGUUCCUUCCGCCUGUCAGUGGAACCGCAGAGGUGUUCUUCCAACAGAUGUUGGCUUUGACGGGCUGGGGCUACAGGGUGAUAUCUCUUCAGUAUCCAGUGUACUGGGAUCUAAUGGAGUUCUGUGAUGGAUUUCGGAAACUUCUCGAUCAUCUGCAGUUAGAUAAAGUUCAUCUUUUCGGUGCAUCCUUGGGUGGCUUCCUGGCCCAGAAGUUUGCAGAGUUCUCAUGCAAGUCCCCCAGGGUGCACUCUUUGAUACUGUGUAAUUCAUUCAGCGAUACUUCCAUCUUUAACCAGACAUGGACAGCGAACAGUUUUUGGUUGAUUCCAGCUUUCAUGUUGAAGAAGAUUGUUCUAGGGAACUUUGCAAAAGGACCCGUCGACCCAGAAAUGGCUGGCGCGAUCGACUUCAUGGUUGACAGGCUGGAGAGCCUAAACCAGAGAGAGCUGGCAUCCAGGUUAACGCUAAACUGCCAGAACUCUUACGUGGAGCCACACAAAAUCAAGGAUGUUGCUGUGACUCUUAUUGAUGUUUUUGAUCAGAGUGCGUUGUCUUUAGAAGCAAAAGAAGAGAUGUAUAAAUUGUUUCCAAAUGCCAAACGAGCUCAUCUGAAAACUGGCGGAAACUUCCCUUACCUUUGCCGAAGUGCCGAUGUGAACCUCUACAUCCAGAUUCAUUUGCGGCAGUUCCACGGAACGCGGUAUGCUGCCAUCGACCCGGCAAUGGUGAGUGAGGAGGAACUGGAGGUCCAGGAGUGCCACCUGAAAACGUGCCAAGAGUCUGACGAGGAGCAGUGAUGAGCAUUUUGAAGCUCUGCCAAAAUGUCACUGAAGCUUUUUGAUUAAAAAAAUGACAUUGAUAAAGUUUUGUUUAUUUUGUCCGUAUAAAAUGUCAGUCAUCAAGGGCAUUGUAAUCUGCAAAUGUUGAUUUAGGCGACUGGACUGCUCUUGGUUGUUGAUGUUUCACCUUGUACCCAAAGGCUACAAUUCAAUUUGUUUGCUGCGAAGUUCCCACAUGUACAAUGCUCUGAACGUAUUCCCCCCUUCCUGAUGUGUUUAUUUUUUGCAGUCCGCUCUCCGAAACCUCAUUCAUGUAUAUCACAAUUUUUCCCCCCCAAAAUCUAAACGAUUGUUCAGUACCGCAGGUUUUUUUUUUUUUUUUACGAAUUAUUGAUAUUAAGUUUUGAAAAUGGCUUGCUUGCUUUAAUGAUGUACUUUAAUGUGAAUGGUUGUACAAACAUGCCGUUUUUGGGGUCUUAUGAAAAGUGACAAUUUUGGAGGUAUGAGGAGGGCACUGACAUUUGUGACACUUACUGUAUUUUAUAUUUAUAUUUUUGGAUCAUUGGGCUAAUUCCUUUUUCUCCCAACACAACCCAAUUAAAUACAACAUUUCUAAUGGACGAGUUUACAUCGGGAGUUAACUGUAAUUUAUCACCGUUUUUGGAAAGCAGUUCAAUUUCACUGUUCACACCCAGGCCCGAUGACCAAGACAUUUAUUAAAAAUCACUUUGCUCACACGACGUGGUUGAUGACAGUCGAAGCCUCGAAACCGGCUGUACCACGUGACCGGUUCAGGGAGCGGAUCGUGAAGUUCAGUUGGAAAAACUGUCUAUUUUGAAUAAAAAUGAAUAC